AUGGUGGAGCAGGGCGGGUGCAGCGUCGAGGAGCGCGAUUCGGACGGGUACACGCCCCUGAUCCACGCGGCCGGGUACUCGCGCGGCGACUCGGCCGAGACGGUGCGCGUGCUGGUCGAGCUGGGGGCGGACGUCGAGGCGCGCAUCCAUGACGGCCGGCGGGCGCUGCAUUUUGCCGCGUUCAAGAACCAGCCGCGGUGCGCCGUCGAGCUUCUGCGGCUAGGCGCCGACAUCGAGGCCGAGGAUGACAGCGGCUGGACGCCGCUGCACUUUGCUGCG